UUUGUCUCCUCAGGUGGGGAGGUGAGUGAUGAGAAAAGCCCGCCCGGACCGGCCUCCAAGCGGGUCAGAACUGCUUACACCAGCGCGCAGCUUGUGGAGCUGGAGAAGGAGUUUCACUUUAACCGCUACCUUUGUCGCCCACGGAGGGUGGAGAUGGCCAAUCUGUUGAACCUCACCGAGCGUCAGAUAAAGAUUUGGUUUCAGAACAGGAGGAUGAAAUAUAAAAAGGAUCAGAAGUCAAAGGGGCUUGCGCACUCCCCGAUGGGACACUCCCCGGACAGAAGCCCGCCGCUGAGCGGGCCCAAUCACACCGGAUACGCGGGCCAGCUCCAAAACGUGAACAGCCUGAGCUACGACGCGCCCUCGCCGCCGCCCUUCGCCAAGCCCCAGCAGAACAUGUACGGCCUGGCCGCGUACACGGCGCCGCUGGGCGGCUGCAUCCCUCAGCAGAAGCGCUACCCGGGCUCCGAGUACGAACACCACAGCAUGCAGAGCAACGGAAGCUUCGCCAACGCCAAUUUGCAAGGCAGCCCCGUGUACGUGGGUGGGAACUUUGUUGAUUCCAUGCCAGCCUCGGGCCCCAUGUUCAACCUCGGCCAUCUCCCCCACCCAUCAUCCACCAGCGUGGACUACAGCUGUGCAGCUCAAAUCCCAGGAAACCACCACCACGGACCGUGUGACCCCCACCCCACGUACACAGACCUCACCUCUCACCAAGUUUCUCAGGGAAGGAUUCAGGAAGCGCCCAAGCUGACGCAUUUGUAAUAUUAUGACGUUUCUUGUGCGUGCGUGUGUAUGUGUGCGUGUGUGCGUGCGUGCCAAAUUACGUUGCGCUCUUUUUUAUUACCUCACUAGACUAUUAACUAUGCUCCGAGAGAGCCGUGUGUACUAUGACAGUAUUAUUGAUAUUAUUAUUAAUGCUAUUGUGUAAUUAUUUUCUAAAUAAUACAGCUUUGUCCAUUUCUCUUAAAAUUUGGAGAAGCUCUAGCCUGAUUGUUAAUAGUUCUUUUGUUGUUUUUUUCCCCUUUUCGUUUAUUCUCAAGUGCAAUGCGCAAUGUUUGACUGAAUAUUUCAUGCCGUUACUUGAAGGUAAGUCUUGUAGAUCACAAAAAGUAGAAGAUCAUUCUUAGAUGGAAAGAUUUUUAGGGGGAAAAAAAAGAAGAAAAAAUUGUCUGCUUGUUAAAGGAUCUCAUUUUUUUCCUCACCCUAUUUAUUUAUUGCGUCAUUAAUUUUGCAUAAUCCCCGGCACUAUAGCAUAUAGCCUAUUUAAUUAUUUAAUUGCUUUUGUAUUGCACAUUAUUUAUCGUUUAUUAUGCGAGUAUUUAUAAGUGUGGAUUUCCGUUGUUGCCAGAUCGGACAGAGCGGUGCACUUGUUGGGCAAAACAGGGUUUGUGUAUUUUUUUUAUUUUAUUUUAUUUUUUUCAGAAAUGCUACCGAGUAUUGAUGGAGCAUUUCGAAUUGUAUAAAUCUGAGACAAAUGGGGGCAUUUUAUAGCGAGUAAACAUGUCCACGGUUAAUCUCGUGUCAAAACCUUAAGCGAAACGUAGACUAUCGAAAAAUCAAAUAUUACGCACACCAGCAUGUCAUUUUGUGUAGUCCCUUGCGUUUCCUUUUUUUCUUUGUUGUUGUUGUUAUAAUUAUUUGUCUUCCAUUGUUAUUCCAUUCAGUUGGACACCCAUAAAUUUAUGAAACCCCGAUGAUAUUGAAAUGUUAUAUUUUAUUGUGUUUAACAUUUUGUAAAUAAAGUGCUUAAACUUGUA